AUGACCUCCUCCGCUGCCCCCGCCCCGGCCGCCUCCCAACCCCCGCGCCUUCAUAUUACCACCAGCACCACCGGGGCCUCCACGAUCACAUCGCCCUCCUCGCACCACAGCCCCAGCAGCGCGCGCUCCCCGCAUUCGGCGAGCAGGAGCAGCUCCCCUCGAGGCAGCAGCAACACCGGCGCCGGCGCUGGCGGCGGCAGCGGCAGCGGGGGCACGAACCAGGCGUGCGCGGCGUGCAAGUACCAGCGGCGCAAGUGCAACCCAGACUGCCCGCUCGCGCCCUACUUCCCCGCCGACCAGCAGCGCCGCUUCCUCAACGCGCACCGCCUCUUCGGGGUCAGCAAUAUCCUCAAGACGCUCAAGCGCCUCCGGCCGGACCUCUGCGCCGACGCCAUGAGCACGCUCAUCUACCAGUCCGACAUGCGCGCGCAGGACCCCGUCGGCGGCUGCUACCGCUUCAUCCUCAGCCUCGAGCGCCAGCUCGAGCUCGAGACGGCCGAGCUCACCGCCGUCCUCCACCACCUCGCGCUCUGCCGCCAGGCCGCCGCCGCGGCCACCGCCAUCCCGCCGCAGGAAGGCGGCAUGGCCGACCUCGACGUCACGUCCUCCAACCAGCCGCUCCUCCUCAACGCCGAGCAGGAGGUCGUCGACGCGCUCUACGCAAACCACGAACCUGACGCCGCGAUCCUUCAAACCGAUCACGUCCACCACCACGAUCACGGCGACAGCCCGCACGAUCACGGCGAGCAGCAGCAGCAGCAGCAGCUCUUCGACUACUUCUAUUACGAAGCCACCGCCAGCGACGAUGCCAGCAGCAAGCCGACCAUCGACAUAAACCUCGACAACAUGCAGCAAUUCGACUUCGACGAUACCUGCGCCGCCGAGAAGGUGGACCUGUCCACGGCGGGGCCAGAGGAGAUCGGGCAGCAGCAGCACCACCUCGACAUGAACUGCCAGAUUGACCACGAGGACUACGAGAUAAAGGCGGCGGCGCUCGUCGACGCGUUCGACAUGCGGCAGGAGCUGCAGCCGGUGGACGUGAACGCCGGUGUUGACGUCAAGGCGGUAGACGUGAACGCCGGCAUUGGCGUUGACAUCAAGGCGGUGGAUGUGAACGCCAACCUCGACGUCAAUGUCGACCUACAGGAGGAGGAUGCAAACAACAUCGCAGCAGGUGACGGAGCAGCACAAAUGGCAGCUGAUUUGUCGCAUUGCAGACUAGGGUUAGGCUUUUCUUCGUUCUGA